AUGGCUACAACCUUAGUUUUCUUGUUUACUUCGUGUCUCUUUGUGAAAGCUAGCGGGACGGACAAUCUGAUUUCUGAUGAGGCUAUAGCAGUUGAAUUUCUACACAACUACAACGAGCAAGUCAUCAAGGCGUUCUAUACAGGUUCGCUAGCGGAAUGGAAAUACCAGACUAACUUGACAGAAGAGAAUAAGCAAGAAAUGGUCCAGGCCGAUCUGGUGUACGCAGAAUUUGAACAAGCAGCUUUCAGGAACGCUUCGAGAUUCAAUGUUAGUGCAUUUUCGAGUGAAAUGACGCCAUUUCCUUUCUCUUUUGUCCAGGCCGAUCUGGUGUACGCAGAAGUUGAACAAGCAGCUUUCAGGAACGCUUCGAGAUUCAAUGUCCAGGCCGAUCUGGUGUACGCAGAAUUUGAACAAGCAGCUUUCAGGAACGCUUCGAGAUUCAAUGUCCAGGCCGAUCUGGUGUACGCAGAAUUUGAACAAGCAGCUUUCAGGAACGCUUCGAGAUUCAACGUUAGUGCAUUUUCGAGUGAAAUUCAGCGACAGUUUCGACUUUUAAUGUACAUCGGUGACGCAGCCCUAGAAGACAAGUCCAAACUAAAAAGGCUGCAAGAUGUGAAAGCGGAACUGCAGCGAUUGUACGCAACAACAAUGGUUUGUGGCAAACCGGGAGACGAAGAUCAAUCAAAGUGUUACAGUUUCGAUCCUGACAUAGCUGAGCUGUUUGCCACAAGCAGGGACUACAGUGAGCUGGCAUGGGCGUGGGUCGGCUGGCACAACGCUUCGGGUCUACCCCUGAAAGAACUGUAUUCGGAAUUUGUGGAACUGAACACGUUAGCCAUAGAAGCCAAUGGACACACAGACAUGCUGUCGCUAUGGCAAUGGAUAUAUGAAGUGGAUGAUCUCGAGGAACAAGUGCUAGAGAUGUACGACACGUUGAAACCACUCUAUCUGAACUUACAUGCAUACGUCAGAAGGAAACUCAUCGGUGUCUACGGCGAAGAUUACGUCAACCCAAAAGGGGCCAUCCCAGCUCAUCUUCUAGGGAAUAUGUGGGCACAACAGUGGCACAAUGUGUAUUAUCUAGCAGAACCCUACCCCGGGAGGCAGCCAAUUGACAUAACACCCACCUUGAAGGCUGAGGGAUACACGCCUCUGCAAAUGUUCCAGAUUGCAGAAGAAUUUUUCCGAUUCCUGGGGCUCUUACCAGCUUCCGAAGAAUUCUGGCAAAACUCGCUACUUGUCAAACCAGACGACGGACGAGAAGUCGUGUGCCAUGCAUCAGCCUGGGACUUCAUUGUCGGAAAUGACGUCAGGAUGAAAAUGUGUACGGUCGCGACAAUGGAGGACUUCAUCGUCAUCCACCACGAAAUGGGACAUAUACAGUACUUCCUACAAUAUCGUGACCAACCGUUCGUUUACAAAGAUGGCGCCAAUCCAGCAUUCCACGAGGCUGUCGGUGAUGUGAUGGCGCUGUCCGUUUCUACCCCAGAGCACCUUUACAAACUCGGUCUUGUAGACAGUUUUGAGAACGAUCCGGAGAACGAUAUUAAUUUUCUGAUGAAGAUGGCACUGCAGAAGAUAGCUUUCUUACCGUUCGGUUUAAUGGUUGAUCUCUGGAGAUGGAAAGUAUUUUCUGGGGAAAUUACACCUGAGAAUUACAAUACAAUGUGGUGGCAGCUGAGGAUGCAGUACCAAGGCAUUGUUCCACCAGUUGAAAGAUUAGAUGAGUUUUUUGAUCCAGGAGCGAAACACCAUAUACCAGCUAAUACACCUUACAUUAGAUAUUUUUUAAGUUUUGUUAUUCAAUUUCAAUUUCACAAAGCCCUAUGCAUAGAAGCAGGUCAGCUGGAUGAUGGCAAACCAUUGCAUCGUUGCGAUAUACAUAAAUCGCUUAAAGCAGGAAAGAAACUUGCUGACAUGUUAAAACUUGGCAAAAGUAAACCCUGGAUGGACGCCAUGGAGGUGUUAACUGGUCAGCGCAUCAUGGAUGCCACCCCUCUGGUGGAAUAUUUCAGACCUCUGAUUGACUGGCUGGAAGUAGAGAACGAAAAGAAUGGCGACACGCUUGGCUGGGAUCCAACAUGGCGCCCACCGCCACCACAGCGUUACACCUCAACUGGAUCGCAAAUUGUGACGUCAUACUCAUUAAUAUUGUCUGUGACAAGCUGGAUGUACUUCAUUGUGCAGUAACUGUUCAAACAUAUAAAUAAUGACAGUGGUAUGUCAGGUGUUCGCAAUUAAAGGUUCCCCUAUACAGCAAGAAACAUUGAAACGAUGGGACUACACGGCAUUAGGUUCUAGUUCUAUAAAACUAAUAAAUUGUAAUGAAUUGUUAUUAUCCUCUCGGAACUUUUGAUUAAUGCUUCAUUUAAGCAAUUUUUUUUCUCAUAUUUUCAGGGACUGUCACAUGUUUUAACUUUGAUGAUGCAAUCAAAAUUAUGUUCAAACAUAUCUUUAAUGGCACUCUGUACAACAACAUAGCCAUGUGUAUAUAUAACAUUCAACCCAUUGAUAUGGUGAGAUUAUGC